AGGCAGAACUACAUUGUAGCAGCUCCCCGUUAUAACAUAUCCGAAAAUCCUUGAUAUUUCCCAGGGGCCGCCCAUUUGGUACGGCUGCUUAUUUUCUUAGAGCACAGUAGAAGUUAGAGUUAUACAACGUAUCUACGACGGCGACAUCGACCUUGUCCUUCGCUACUUAGAUGAUUAUACACACCUCGUCACAUCGAUAUCGAAUGUUGCCUCUGCGCCAUAAAAAGUGCGUGAGUUAGAAUUAGUUCUAGUUGAGUCAAAGAAACAAGUACUAUCGUACUAAAGUGACCGAUCGAAGAAGAUGCCGAUCAAAGGCGAGGACCGAUUUCGGGGCAUGUACGGCCGAAAGGUCGAGAACGAGCGGACCCGGCGCCGCGAUGCCAAUGUAGUCACGGGACCUAAAAACAGCCCGGCGGAACAGCUUGCGGGUUCGAAGAACUACACGAUGUACAUCCAACAGACCGCCAUGAUUGCCUCCGUCUGCUGGGGGCUGGCGGCCCUCCUUUCCCUUUUCGCGGCCAUUUCGACGUCCCUUCCCAAUGGAUUUUUCGACCACAUAGAGUGGAUCGCGGGGCCCGCAGAGGAGUUUGCGAAGGAUGUGGGCCGGAAGAACGGUGGGGUUUGGUUGUUCGUGCUGCUCUCCAUGCUGAGUCUGGGCGUCUGCCUGCUGUGGUGGCAGGUGGCGACGGCACGGUUGUACUUCCCCUGGCACCAUUUCAUCGUGAUUUUCCUCCACCACGCGGCCUUCUCGUGGAUCACGCUCUACUUUUACAACUUCUUCAUGUGGGUCUGCGUCGGCGGGUUCCUUAUUGCGCCGCUGGACGUGCUGCCGUUCAUUUUACUGCUCUUCAACGGCAGUGGCAACUUCGACAACCGUACCUGGUGGGGCGCCUGCGGGAAAAUGCCUGUGAGCUUACACAAGAACAGAGAACAGGGACAGGCAGGUGUGGGCAUCCCGAUUUUUUCUCCAAGCAGUAGUCCCGCCGGGCUGCAGCUGCAAAGUGGUGGCGGCCAACAUUUGACGGCCGAGGAACGGGUGGCGCGCGACUUGCAGAUGCUGCAGCAACAGAAGGGGCCUGUUCCGGGGGUGCACCAGCUUCAAGGGAGUCGUACCAGUGUGGGUCCACCUCGUGCUGGAAAGGAGUCCCGGUCGGCCGGGAGCCAGUCGAUGCCGUCCUCGGAAGCGCCGCGUAUGACCGGUAUUUUCAUUCCCGGCGGGGCAAUGACCCAGAGUGUGGGUAUGGAAAGCACCGCGACCGGGAGUGGCGGGGCGGCGGGUGUAUCCCAGGAUGAUAUGAUGUCGGGGCAAUACGCUUCUUCCGCGGCCACGGUAUUUUUUACUUGACGUUCUUUUCUCGUGUUUUUCUUUUCCUGUGUUGAGCAACCUGCAGGUGAGAGAAGUCAGUGUCGAGGCACUUCUGUGGAGGAGAAUGUGUAGUUGUAGGCUUUUAGUGUUAAAUCGAAUAGAAUUUGGAAAAUAAGCAAAGAAAUAUCGACUCAACAGCCCCUUCUCCGGGGAGGCAGCGGCAACGGUGCAACGGUGCGGCAAAGUAUGUUGGGAGGAAACAACGCGUGAAGGUGAAGAUUCUAGGAGUGUUGAAAUGCCAUGUCCUCCUUCAGCCUUGCUUAGGAUUUCUUCAGUCUCACCAGGCAUGUGUUUGCGUAGAUUUUAAGUUUUUAGGAUCUUUUUCUUUCUCUACGUACCCAGUCAAGUUGAUUUUCAUAGCAUGUUCUCAGUGUCAAAAGUGGAAGUUGUUUUUCUGCGGUCGAUUGUUUGCUUUCCCUUCCCUUCACAGAUUUUUUUUCAGCUUGUGGAAACAAAAAUCCGCAAAGGAAAAGUACGAAAGAUCGCUUACCGCAGUAUAUUACAAUAGUUUGUUUCUCUAUUACGCACCGCGAUGGAUGUGCUUUUGCUACCAAAAAAUUAUCUUUUUCUUUCCGUCACGGUGACGGUUUCAGCCGAACGCGCAUGGGUAACGAUAUCAUUUUCAGUGGGAAUUUCCAAGCGAAAAUCAGAGCAGUUUUUCCCUGAUUCUUGAUUUUUAGGUCUGUGGAGGUGCCGGCACGGGGAAAGUAUUGCCUCUGAGGUUAAAAGUGAAUCACUAGCACAUAGCUGUUGCAGUGCCUGUUGGGGUCUUGCUUUUUGUCGCGAUCGUAAACUUUUCGUGCUAUUUUCGUUUAGUUGUGAUGAAGCGGUGGCA